AUGUCCUCCUUCGGCUCGAUCUUGCCGUCCGCGGCAAGGGGCAUUCUCUCAACAUGUCAAUCGCCUCUUCGUCAAAGAACAAUGGCGCCUUUGCUCUCAAGCUUUAACCAACAGGUCCGUGGAGCCAAGAGCAACCCUCAGGCCCAAGGUAAAAAGGCCAAGGCGAAGAGCAAGAAGGAAAAGAAGGGUCCCAGGGAGUUCAAGCAGAAAGAUCUCAAGGAUGUUGAGCAAUUCGCGCUCUGCGAUGCCGUAAGAUAUCUCCGCGCUUUUGAAGUCGGACGCGAACCGACUGUCUCCAAAUACGAAAUUCAUAUCCGUUUGAAAACAAAGCGAGACGGACCGGUUAUCCGUAAUAUGCUCCGAUUUCCUCACUCCGUCCAGACCGAAUCGCGAAUCUGUGUCGUGUGCCCUCCUGGAACAAGACACGAGAAGGAAGCCCGCGCAGCUGGAGCUGUUCUGGUAGGUGAACAGGACGUUUUCGACGCGGUCAAAGCGGGCAAGAUUGAAUUCGAUCGCUGCAUUUGUCACCCCGAUAGCUUGGACGCUUUGAACAAAGCCGGGCUGGGCCGGAUUCUUGGUCCCAGAGGCCUGAUGCCAAGCAUCAAGACCGGUACUGUGGUUGAAGAUGUGGCCGCUAGAGUUGAGAUGCUCCGUGGUGGUACGGUAUACAGAGAGCGUGACGCCGUUAUUCGACUACCGAUUGGGCAAUUGGCCUUCUCUCCUGAACAAUUGAGAGACAAUUUGCGCGCGACGAUUGAUCAGGUGAAGAAGGACGCGGCCAGCCUCAACGAUCGCAUUGUUAAAGAGAUCUACGAAGUUGUUCUGAGCUCGACAAACGGCCCCGGCUUCAGUCUCAAUGGAGAGUUCAAGUCCGACAAUUCCCCUGACACCACUUCUUUGACCGGCUUGUAA